AUGCAAAGGUUUGUAAAUAGGUUUGUUUCUACACCACGAAUAUCCAGAAAGUUCCAAGAGUUUUUCCCAAAGAAAAAAACCAUAAAUAGAGUUUUAUUCCAGUUGGAUACAAGGCUUACUUAUCGUGAAAUGUACCCAAUCUUUUUGCAUGUGUCACAAACAACUAAUGAAGAAAGUAUUUCAUUGAAGAAAAAAUUUCCUUAUAUAAAGAGUUCAGAUAUUAUGCAGAUGCGGAGUGCUUUGAUUACUUUGAGGAUGCAGAAUAAGUUUGUCCAUAAAGAUUUGUUAGUCAUGGAGGAUAGAUUGUUAAAUAUUGCAGCUGAACUGGGGAGUAAUGACGCUAUAUCUAUCUUGAGCUUCAAAGUGGUACAUGAGCAUGAAAAGGAAAACGUUGAAUACAAAGAUGAAAAUGAUGUUGAAACGGCAAAUAGAUUCAUAAAGAAGUUAUAUGCACGCAAUCACCACCUUACAAUUAAAUUGAUAGGUGACCUCUUUUUUGAACAUAAGACUUUUGAGAAAGCUGAGAAGUACUACAGAGAGUUUUUGAAACUGGAGAAUAGUACCAAAAUUGCUGGUGAGGUUUACGGGAAACUUGGAGAAAUCCAGAUAAAGCAGAUCAAUGGCUUUUUGAAAGCAGAAAAUUCAUGGUUGAAAUCUAUAGAACUAUUGGAAAUUGAAAGAAGCUCGCGUUGGUACUUUCUUUUGGCGAAAUUAUACCUUAGUUCAGAGCCCAUGAGAGCUAAAGCACUGUUGGAAAAAUGUGCAUCAAUCGGAUUCAAAGAAUCUUUUAAAACUUUGGGAUUUCUUGAAUUAAACUACUUUCAAAAUCAUGAGAGAGCGAAUGAAUGGUUUAAAUUAGGAAUGGAAAUAAUGGACUUGGAAUGUUUCUUUGGAUUUUUUGAUUGUUGUCUAAAAGUAGGAAAUAUUGUAAGCGCUAGAAAUUGUCUAGAAAGUCUAAAAAAACUAGGGAGUGACGAUAAUAGGAAAACCAUAAUCAACACAUUUUUUGAGAGUAGAAAAGAUUCUAUGAAGUUACUGGAAAAAGCAUGA